AUGACCUAUGUUAGGCAAAAUGACGUUGUUGCUACGAAAAUGCUUAUAUCACGUGAUGGCAAUAUGCUCGUUGAUCUGGCAACCUUGGGCGCAAUGGAUCAAUCACCCCCCAAACGUGUUACCCGCGCGCGAGCAGCCGCAAAGUCAACGAAAGACACUGUUAUUAAAACUGCUAGAAUCGCACCUACCGCAUCGAAAUCAGCAAACAUUAGCCGUGGUACGACUAGUACGAAGAGAAAGACCAGAGCAGAUGAUGAUGAGGAGGAGCAAACUGAAGAAUUGGCAGAAGAGACCAAGCCAGAACCAAAAACCACUCGAGGACGACCGAGAAAAGCUGCACAAUUAGAGACGGAGGUAGAGGAAACCAUGGCUCCUGCGAAAGUCACUCGAGGUCGACCAAAGAAAGCUACAAUUGAAGCGCCAGCACCUCAAGCCGCAAGAUCCUUGAGAGGACGAGCGAAGAAGGAUGAGGUUGAGCCUCAAGCGGAAUCAGAAUCAACCGUGACGGAGGAACCUGUAAAGAAAGUCACCCGCACCCGAGCUCCUUCUGCUACAAUUUCACGCGCAAUGGGACCAAAGAAGAGGGUCAAGUUUGAGGAACCAGAUAAGGAGAAUAUUUUACCACCAACCAGAGCAAAGCCCAAGGCAGCAGGAACAGCUACUGGACUACGAGCGAAACCGGUUCGAAAGCCUGCAUCAUCUGCAACCGCUUCAACUCGUGCAACUCGUGCUAGAGCCAAGCCUGGCCAGGACGAGAAGGUAGAGAAACCAUUACCGUUAAGCCCGAAGAAAGCGACACAAGUUAAUGCGAACAAGGGACAAUCGUCUGAGGAUGAAUUAUCAACAACAGUGAAGACUCCAAUGAAAUCAUUGAUGAAAAGUCCUGUCAAACCGCCUGGAAGUAUUUUCGAUACUGCGAAAAAGAUUGAUUUUUCAACAUCUCUUGCAACACAAAAGCCUAUCGAAGGUGGCAAAUUAGAUUUCCAAGCGUCUAUUAUGAUGAGUCCAGCUCGUCGGCCCCCACAAACUGCAGAGAAGAAACUGGAUAUCGCUACAUCUUUUGCUGACAAGCCUUCAAUGGAACCUACCCAGAUUUUCAAUGCAUCAAUGACAAGCCCUGCUCGACGCCCACCACAAUCAUCGCCUUUCAAAGAGACGUUGAAAUUAAAUGCGCAAAGAUUCGAAUUCGGACACAGUAUGCGAUCACCUUUUAAGCCUAAUUUAUUUGCACCAGAACCUUCAACAACAGCAUCUCCACUCAAAGCUUCCCUUCUUCAAUCACCGGCUAGGAGACCACAAUCACCCACCAAAGUUGAUGAAGCAGGCUCACCAACUAGAAAUAAUCAAAGUGCUUCAAUAUUCGCCGCAACUCCAAAAGUCAGCACUUUUAAGAUCUCGAGAUUUGAAACUCCAAGAACUUUAAUGAAGAGCGCAAUUCGUCCUGGCCCUAUGUUUCCCCCGAUUCCGUCAAGUACCUUGAAGAACUAUGUCUCGAAUGGUAGUCCAUUGCCAAAGGAGGCAAAAUCUUUAGCGACUCCCGUCCUGGAAUUUUCUGGUCGACUUUCAUCCAUCUUACCUCGUUCUGCUGACCCGGCUCUCUCAUCAGCUGUUGGACUUCCUCCUCAAAUAGAUGAGCCUGUAAAAUCCGUUGCAGAUGAUAUCCAAGAAAAAUUCGAUGAUCCUAUGACUGUCGACAACACAGAUGAAAUAGUCGAUACAAUCGAAGCUCAAAGUACCACUCCACCAUGUUCACCUCCUACAAAUAGUACUAUCGGUGGUUCAUUCCAACUCAGGGAAGAGAAAAUUUCAAUUGAUGAUGAUUCAGACUCAGAAGAUGAGCUCGCUUCUGUGGCUAAAGAACAUUCACCCACUCCGCUUGCCGAUUUCCCGAUCUCUACCAACAAUUUUGUAUCUUCUCCAUCGACACUUGCCAAGUUUGAUAGUAUCAACAGAACUCCCAAGAUGGCAACGGUUCAAUCAUCUGCUCGAUAUUCACGCAAAUUCAACCAGGAGAAGAUUGGUUUCACUCCUUUGGCGAAACAGUUGAGUGAUUGGAUGGCCGCGAGCUCUGAGGAGUCUAGUGAAUGCGAUGACGACCUUGAUGAGCCUCUUUCACCCACACGAAAACCAGCGGAAAAGGAAUUGUCUGUCGAUAUGGGCAAGACUGCGGCAUCUCCUGCUGUUGCUUCACCAGCUAAAAGUAGUUAUUUCGAGGAUGAAAUGAAAAUUCGAGACGAGCUCAACAUGGCAGAAAACGAAUCUACUCCUUUUGACGAGGUUGAGGCCGAGAACAGUGAGCCAGAGUUCAACGAUAUGGAAUUACUUGAGGAAGAUAUCGACCUUGCAGAAGAAGCGGAUGAGUUAUCGAUGUUGGACCCUGAAGCUUUUGAAGAAGCUAAUGACGAGGAAAAUGAAGAAAGCCAAGAGGAGAAUGACGAAGAGAGCCAAGACGGAAAUGAUGAAGAGGGAGAAUAUGAAGCAACCAUCAUGGGUAACAACUUCCAAGAACCUGUGCUUGUGCCAGAGCCCACUCCCUCAGAGCCUAGUCAGGAAUAUGGAGAUGAGAAUGAAGUGCCGAUUGAUCCCGCACUAUUAGCCUCUACACCUCAAUCACUAGCCGCGCCAGUCUUCACAACCCCUAAACGUGUCUUGACCGAAAGGACAUUCCAUACCGUCGCAAAAGUGCCGCUUAAAGAUGCUCAUGAAACUCCAAUGCGUCCAUUGCAAGCAAAGAAAAGCGCUAGUAUCUCCAAGCUUUCAUUCGCACGACCAUCUAGCCCGUUAUCUCACAAUAAUACUGUCACUCCAUACUCACCCUCAAAAAGUACACCAAAAUCAAAAAAGAGUCAGAAAUUCACUGAGAGUGCAGGCAGCCAAGAAUUUACUACUCCCACUAAGUCAGAAACUGUUACAUGGUUUACAAACGCAACGCCAGCUCGUACACCACAUCCUGAUCUAAGUGCAGCACUUUUGAGGGGAGCUGUAGUCUUUGUUGAUGUACACACCACUGAGGGUGCUGAUGCUAGUGGUCUAUUCACUGAAUUGCUUACACAAAUGGGAGCGAAAUGUGUUAAGACUUGGUCGUGGAAUCCAAACAGUGAUGAUGGAAGCAAAAUUGGAAUUACCCAUAUUGUCUUCAAAGAUGGUGGAAAAAGAACUCUCGAGAAAGCUAGGCAAACUGGAGGAGUUGUUUCUUGUGUUGGUGUUGGAUGGGUUUUAGACUGUGAACGCGAAAACCAAUGGCUUGAUGAAGCUGCUUAUGCAGUCGAUACAUCCAUGGUUCCACGAGGUGGUGCACGUCGUCGUAAGAGUAUGGAACCUCGUGCACUUGCUAAUUUCAAUGGUACUCUUGUUCCUUCAACUGUUCCUGCGAAAUCUGCAUAUUCAACCUUAACCUAUCCUGAUACAACUCCACUUACACUCAAAUCCAAGAGAAGAGAAUCAGUACAAUGGCAAAGAUCACCUAUUCCUAACGAAGAAGGAGAUGUGGAUGAAUUGGGUGAAGAUAAUUGGAUGUUAAGUCCUGUUCCAGCUACACCUGCUCCGGAAACCAUUAGUGCAUAUGCGGAAGAGGGAUUAUGGGGUGCUGAAACACCAGGUGCUCAAACACCUUAUUUCUUUAAGAAAGAUAAAUUGGUACAAAUGACGGCUCCAGGUGGAAACAAAAAGUUUGUAAAUUUUGAGGGGGGUGAGGGUGAGAAUAGUGAAAGUGGAAAUUCGGGAGAUGGAUUGAGUUUCUUGAGAAAAGAUAAGGAACAACAAAGUGUUAUGAUGAGAUUAAUGGCUGCUAGGAGAAAAAGUUUACAAUGGGCUCCAAAGGUAGGAAGUCCACUGGCUAGAAGAUUUGAUGGUGGUUUAGAUGUUGCUAUGGCUGCAUUGGUUUAA